AUGGACCUGCCCUGCGACGGCGGCGAGCCCACGGCGGUGGCCGAGCCGCCGCAGCCCUCGGGCAAGCUCAACCGGACGGCCUUCAAGCUGUUCAGGCGGAGGAAGUCCGGCGGCGCCCUGCCGAGCAUCUUCGGCGUGCGAGGCGGCAAAGGCAAACGCGGCGGCGGCGGCGGCGAGCAGGCGGGCCUGGUGCGGAGCAGGACGCACGACGGGCUGGCCGAGGCGGUGCUGGAGAGCGGCAAGAAGGAGGGCCCGGACGACGGGGCCCCGGAGCCGCCCCCCGCCUCGGCCUCGGGCAAGCCGCACGGCUUCCUGGCGCUGCUGCGCAAGAGCGGCGGCCCAAGGGGCGAGCGGCCCCCCAAGGGGCGCGGGGGGCUCAAGGGCCUCUUCAGCAGCAUGCGGUGGCCCCGCAGGGACGGCAAGCCCAAGGGCGGCGAGAGGCCGGCCGGCCCGGGCCUCCUCCUGCCGGGCUCCCUCACCGCCAGCCUCGAGUGCGUCAAGGAGGAGGCGCCGCGGAGCCCGGCCCCGGCCCCCCCGAGCCCCCCGGGCCCCCAGGCCGGCCAGGCGGGGCCCCCUCCGGAGCAGCGGGACCGGGAGGCCCAGGAGGGAGAGGAGCCCCCCGCGGGCCGGGCCCAGGAGCGGCACCCCCCGGGCCCAGAGACCCCGCAGGACGUGCCCACCACAGGCUGUGGGGACGUGAUUGCCGACCCGGAGGACGACGCGGGCAGCGGCGGCGGAGGCAGCGAGAGGAGUGCCCCCGGGGCCGCCAAGCCCAGGGCCCCCAAAAAGCCUUGCCAGGCUUACCAAGGCGGAGGAGAGGAGAUGGCCAGCCCCGAGCAGGUGGGGGACACCUGCGCCCCCGAGUUCUGGGACACCUUGUCCCAAACGGAGGAGACGUCGCGGGAGACCCCAGGAGGGACAGAAGGCCUGGGGGCCUCCGGAGAUGGCAGGAGGGGUCAGGAGGGGCCAGCCAGCGAGGAGCACCUUGGCCAAAGCCAGAUGCCGGCUCACCACGCAGAUCAGAAGAGCAGGGAGAAGGAACAAGCGGAGGCUGUCCCCAGCGGUGACGAGGGCUAUUGGGAUUCUACCACACCCGGGCCUGAGGAAGACAACACCAACAGUAUCCAGAAAGAGGUGAUUCCCAGGGACAGCUACAGCGGGGACGCUCUUUAUGAUCUGUACGCUGAUCCAGAUGAAAGCACCGCUGCGGUGACUUCCACGGACGCCACCUCUGUGACUUGCUGCAAGCCGCUGUCUCCGGUCACCAGCACGUGCCCAGUCAAAACCCAUACGACUUCGCUCAAGGAUUCCAAGAUACCCAUCAGUAUCAAGCAUUUUACGUCGCCACAAGGCAGUCAUGGUCUGGAUGCCGGUAAUAGCCAUCAUAUUGCACAUCACCAGCACACCAAAAGCGAGAUCCCUAGAACAAAAAUCCCAGUUUCUAAAGUGCUUGUGCACCGGGCCAGUUACCGGAGCUUAGCAGGGACAACAGGUAAAACAGCCACAUAUCAUGAAAGUGCCAAAAAAUAGGAGGCAAAGGUGGGCAUUUGAGUAUUUACAGCUUGACAUCGUUCAAUGAAGACACCUACAUGUGCCGCUUGUAUGAAUCCAAGAGACACGUGCUUCUAUGUCCAUCUUGAUAUAUAUAUAUAUAUAUAUGAAUUUAGAUUCUUUUUGAGCACUUUUUUAACAUUUGUAUCUUUUUUUUUUGAAGCGCUAAACACUCGGGUGGGCACUUUUCCAUGCCUUUUGUGGAAGCCGGACUUUGAUUAGGAAUAUAGUUAAUGAUGCAAAACUGGUGCCAUGAAUUCUUCAAAGAGGACACAGUUA